AUGGUUGUUGAAAACCAUUCAAUAAAAAUUUCCUUUUUAGGAACAAUGAGCGAUUCAUCACACACAAUUAAAUUAUUGGAUAGUCAAAAGAAUCCUUCUGACAAUUUUGAUUUGAUUUAUCGUAACUUUACAAAUAUAAUGAAUAGAUUAAUGAAUAAGAUGGAUAGAUGGAUGGGAUGGAUGGAUUUAAUUAAUCUAUGGACAAUGUUUAAUAAAUUUGCUCAUUAUCAACUAUUUUUGAAUUAUGAUUAUAUUUCUUUGUAUUUAUUAACAUUAAUUCAUAGUAAAGAAAUGAAUUAUAAUAUAUAUACAACUUUAAUAGUUUUUAUUUUAUAUUUAUUUAUUCUCAAUUCUGUACAAUCUAUUGUAGUCCCACCAGAAUGUAAAUCGUGUGUUGGCCCAGGAACACCUUGUGGUAUGACCUAUCUAGAUUCAAAUAGAUUGUAUUCUAACUAUUUUAAACAACAACAACAACAACUAUUACUUCUUAGAUCUGCAACGGAUUUAGAUAUCGCUUCACAUUUCUUAAAGUUGAUUACUGGAACUAGAACUAGAGCACAAAUCAAUGAUUUGAAGACACUUUUGUAUUUAUUUUCAUCGCCUGCCGGUGUCUUGCUGACGGGCACUCUUUCGACAUUCACUAGUCUCUCGCUUGGCAAGCGACAAAAGAUUAUGUCCAGUCUCAAAUGCUCGGCUAAUCCACUGAGGAGACAGGCAUUCAAAGCGAUUGCACCACUCACCUUCUCGCUGUAUGUCACGGUUUUGGGCAAGGAAAGCGGCAUCAAUGCCAAUUGGGAUGCAUUAAAGUAUCAAUUACCACCACCCGCUGAGCAUCUGCCGACCGAGGAGAAUCUCAGCUUCAUUCAAAUCAAUAGCGAGCGAUCGCUAAAGGCAGAUGUUGUUGUCAUUGGUAGUGGCGCGGGUGGCGGUAUCACUGCUGCAAUGCUAGCCGAAGCAGGCUACAGUGUGAUCGUUCUGGAGAAGGGUGGAUACGUGUCACCCAACGCCAUGACCUGGAAGGAAUCCGAAGCGUUCCCAAUGUUGUAUGAGCAGGCUGGAACAAUGACUUCCGACGACUUGAGUAUAAGUGUGUUGGCCGGUAGCUGCGUUGGUGGUGGAACCACUGUAAAUUGGGCUGCAUCCAUACAGACACCAGAUUCCGUUGUUGAAGAGUGGCGACAAUCGUGUCCAAAUACUUUUGGCGAGAGCUACAAGACUGCGCUCAACACAGUGUGUGCGCGUCUCAAUGUGAACAUCGAUGAAUCCGUGCAUAACUCUGCGAACCGAAUCCUCUCUGAUGGUCUGGACGAGCUUGGCUAUCAGAACACCGUUAUCCCAAGAAAUGUAAAGCAUUGCGAUACCACUCAGUGUGGAUAUUGUUCGAUGGGAUGUCGAUCGAAAUCCAAACAGUCGUCGAUGGUUACCUACCUCGAGGAUGCCUGCUCCAAGGGUGCACAGAUCAUUACCAACUGCUUUGCCGAGCACAUCACCAUCACCAAUGCACCGGGUGGUGGUCGCGCCGUUCACGGUGUCGUCGGAAGUGUCAUGCAUCAAGAUGGUGUGCGAUUCCGUGUAUUUAUUAAAGCCAACAUUGUUGUGUCUUCGGCCGGUGCAAUCCACACGCCCGCACUACUCUUGCGAAGUGGAAUCAACAAUCCCAACAUCGGAAAGACACUAGGAUUGGAAGAAUCUGAUUCCCGGUGUCGAGGGUGCUCUACGAACACUGGUGGCUGCCGGUGCUCAAAAGAUUGGUAUUCCUCUGGCCGGUGUACCGCUGGUCGACAGCAAAGACAUCGAAGAAUACCUAAAGAUGUUUUCUCGGCACAUCAAAUGGGUAGCUGUAAGAUGGGAUCGAGCAAACAAAAUUCCGUUGUCAAAGAAACCGGUGAGAGUUGGGAUUUACAGAGAUUGUUUGUUUCCGACGGAUCAGUACUUCCUACAGCAGUCGAGGAAGAGGAAAUUGUUAUUGCAACAGAGUCGGCAGCUGAAGAUUUAAAUAGUAAUAGUAAUAAUUAUAAUAAUAGUAAGAGUAAUAAUAUAAAGAUGGAUACAGCUUCAGCAGGAACACCACCACCAAGUAAAUUGGUAUCAUUCAUUGCAGGUGGAAUUGCAGGUGUCACAGCGAAAUCGGCAGUUGCACCAUUGGAACGUGUAAAGAUUUUAUAUCAAACUAGAAGUGCACAAUACUCACUCGACAGUGUCGUCAGUUCACUCAACAAGAUCACCCAAAACGAAGGUUGGAAAGGUCUCUGGAGAGGAAACACCGCAACCAUUACAAGAGUAUUCCCAUACGCUGCAGUUCAAUUCUUUUCAUAUGAAACAAUUAAAAAGAGCUUGAAAUCAUUCGCACCACACUAUGCACGUAACCACGACGGUUCACUGACGACAUCAUACAAGCUGUUUGCCGGUGGUUUGGCCGGUGGUUUCGCACAGACCGUUUCAUAUCCAUUCGAUGUCGUACGUCGUCGUAUGCAAACACACGGAUACGGAGAUGGCAAGGUCGAAAUCAAUUUGAAACACUCAUCAUUCACAAAUAUAUAUCGUAUCUUUAGAUCUGAAGGUUUAUUAAGUUUAUACAAAGGAUUAAGCAUUAACUAUAUUAAGGUCAUACCAACUUCAGCAAUAGCAUUUUAUACCUACGAACUCAGUACCAAUGUUUUAAAUCAAAUGAUCUCAAAAAAUUAA